CCUUCAGAGUCAAUUCCCCGCGUCCAUAAGGGUAUUUUACGCUCCGUCCAGAUAUUUCCUACGUCCAUGGGAUGCAGCUACAGAUUGCUCCAAUCCUUCGCGGGCACCUUGAAAUACGUGUUCGCAUAAUUUAACCUUACUUCCUUACCUUUUGUUCCGCACGCGGACAACGCGACGCAGGGUGGUCGGCGAGCUGGCGGUGGAGCUGUAAAAUAAGAAUAUCUGGUUAACAUAUCAACGAAAUGGAGAUAGUUGUGAACUUUUGGGAGAGGCAUAUCCUCGAAUCGAUUUUAUGCAUGAUAUGGCUGUUAAACUUGUGGUAUUAUUAUUUAGACUUCCGUCAGAGAGCUCUGCUGAAGCGUUUGGUUGAUAUGCCAAAAUCGAUUGAGGGUUUGAUGACCAAAGAGACAUACGACAAGGCUCGUGCGUACGCAUUGCACAGAAAUACCUUUGGCAUUAUACAGGACAUAUAUUCUAAGCUUUAUAAUACGAUAAUCCUGGUAACUUUUGGCUACCACUACAUCUGGCAAAUGAGCAUUCAAAUAGCCAAGUACUAUGGUAUCAAUCAUGAGAACGAAAUAUUGCUGAGCGCGAUAUGGAUGCUCAUAAUGAGCCUAUUUUCCAACAUAUUCAGUCUGCCGAUAGCGAUAUACGACACCUUUGUCUUGGAGCAGAAGCACGGCUUUAAUAAACAAACAGCUAUGUUUUUCAUUAAGGACGAAAUUAAAAAGUUUGUUGUGGCUCAAGUUAUCACUUUACCUCUUCUCAGCGGUAUGAUCUGGAUUGUGCAAAAUGGUGGCAAUUAUUUCUUCUGGUACUUGUGGCUGCUAUCCGUAGUGGUCUCGUUAUUCAUGAUGAUCGUGUAUCCCGAAGUAAUCGCGCCGUUAUUUGACAAAUAUUCACCAUUGCCUGACGGCGAAUUGAAGCAGAAGAUCGAGGAAUUGGCGGCUUCCUUGAAAUUUCCCUUGUAUAAGCUGUUUAUAGUUGAAGGCUCCAAGAGAUCGUCACACAGCAAUGCCUAUCUGUACGGUUUCUACAAAUACAAGAGGAUUGUUCUCUUUGAUACGCUCAUCAAGGAUUAUUACAAGAAAUGCACCACUAACACCGAGAAAGAACAUGGUUGUGAUACAGAUGAAAUACUGGCGGUACUCGCGCACGAAUUGGGUCAUUGGAAACAUAAUCAUGCUGUGAAAGGAUUUCUGCUGAGCCAGAUAAUACUAGUAGCCAAUUUCGUUACGUUUGCCAAGCUCUUGCGGUACUCACCAAUGUAUACCGCUUUUGGCUUCGUCAAUUCUCAGCCCAUCAUUAUUGGCCUGUUUAUAGUAACAAUGUAUAUUUUGAUACCACUGAAUACGAUAUUGAAUUUUAUCAGCGUGGUGAUUAGCCGAAGAUAUGAAUUUGAAGCUGACAAAUUUGCCACGAAAUUAGGCCGCGGCGAGCCUUUAAAGGCAGCUCUGCUAAAAUUACAGAAGGACAAUUUGGGCUUUCCUUUAUUCGAUAAGUUGUACUCUGGUUGGAAUCACUCGCAUCCACCUACCCUUGAACGACUAGAAGCGAUAGAUAAAACUCAAUAAGGGACGAGUCUUUCACGUGACGCGAUUUUUGCAACUUUGAAGACGUAAAAAAUGAAGCCUAUAGCUUAUCGAUUAAGUUGUUGUUCGCGUUAUUUUGUUACAUAUUUUUUUAAAUUUAAUUAUUUUACUCUGGUUAAACGGACCUAAAUACAGGCCCGAGUCAAUUAUGCUUCCUGUUUAUUGUCAUAAUGCGAUUCUUGUUGUAAGAGUGUGUCUCUGCAAUCUUAUUAUAACAUCCAUCUUUUACAGUCCACUCCAAUUAAAUAAGAACUUUUAAUAGAGCUUUGCUAUCGAACGUUUUCAUACAAUAUAUAUAUAUACAAUAUAUAAAUCUAUUCCAGCAUUUAAUAUAUUUACGUAUAUAUGUAAA